AUGCUCAAACUCGCUGUUGCCACCCUAGCUGUAUUUGCAGUCUCUGACGCUCUCCUGUUCGGAUCUUCUGGUGGUUGCUGCCCUCCUCCACCUCCACCUCCUUCAUGCGGAUGUGGUGGAGGAGCUCCUUCUGGAGGGGGAUAUGCUGUGGCUCCUCAAUCUGGAUACGCUCAAGCUCCUUCAGGAGGAGGAUACGCCCAGCCCUCAUAUGUUCCACCCCCUCCUCCUCCUCCACCACCAUCCUAUGCUGGUCGUGAGUUAUAA